AUGACAAAACCCACGAAAGAUAACAAUGAUGAUGUAUUAGAUUUUAUCAAUUCAUUACCUGAUUCCAAACCAGGUACUCCGAAACCAUCGAAAGCUUUAAGUUCAAAUCCAGGAGGAGUAGGCAAGGAUUCGACGGAGAAUAAGGAGGAUUUAUUAGAUUUUUUGGAUGAAUUGGAACAACACGAAAGGACCAAAAAAACCAAAAAACCAUCCAAAUUGGCACCUAAGACAGCAAGUAAACCAACUGGUAGUGAUGCCGAUGAUGAACCAACUACUGGAACUACUACGGAUAAGUCAGAUACUACCAAUGAAGAUAUUGAUCCACAACAGCCCCAAGAAAAAGCCGAGGAAGAAAGUGAAACUCAAGACAUACCUAAUCCAAUUUCCUCAAUUACAAGUUGGUGGAAUCUGGAAGGCUCUAAUAAAGUCAAUUCACUUUGGGGGAAAAUCACUGAUAAUGCUGAAAAAUUAUCAGAACAAACCUAUCAAUUAGCCAAUGAUGCAACUAACCAGUUAAAUACUCGAGCCAGAAACUUAGAUACCGACCAAAUCACAGGUCAGUUGAAUAAUUUGUUUCAGAAUGUCUCCAAUACAUUGAAACAAGGAUUAAUUGAAGAAGCCGAUGAGAUUUUGAAUGUAUCUAUUAUCAAUGAAAUUAAUUAUGAUACAAUUAACGUGAAUAACUUGGUUUUGGAUAAUUUCUUAAAAGUUGUUAAUCAAGUAGAAGGUAGAAUCCAUGUUAGACUAAAUGAAUUCAAUCAAGGUCAAGAAGAGCAAAUCAAAAAGAAUCAAGAGGAUCAAGUUGAGCACCACCAAGAACAAUCAAAUAUUGUUAUUACUUGUAAUACUAAACAAGAUGAAGAGAGCAAACUUGUCUAUUUUGAAGUAACUUUGAAAGACAUUACUAAUGGUAUUACUAUCACUAACAAGAGCCAAUCAUUACCAUUACAGUGGUGGAAAUGGAUCCAAGGAGAGAAAUUGGCAUUGGAUGAAUCUAUUGAUCCUAAAGAAUGGGUGAAAACCUGGAUCAAUAAUGGUUUGGAUUUGAGUGUUGGGAUACUGGUCCAACAAUAUAUUAUUAACAGAAUGGGUGUCUGA